AUGGCCCAGGGGGCAAUGAUCUGUGUGACCCCAGAGCAGCCCACCCAUGCUGUGUGUGUGCUGGGCACCGAGUCUCGGGUGGACGUCGUCAGAUCUGCCCCCAAAGGCUGCUCGUCCUUCAGCAUCACUGCUUCCCCAGAAGUGGUUGUGAAGGUGGCCCACAGCCCUCCAGUCAAGAAGAACCCCAAAGGCGCCUCCAAAUGGCCCCUGGACCCUGCGCUGGAGGUGACCGUGAAGAUGAACGCCUGCAGCCACAGCGUAAGCGACCAGAAGGUGCGGAUUUCAUACUUUGGAGUUCAGUCUUCACAAAGCCAAGCUCUGCUCUUCCUCACCGGCGUUGAAAUCUCCCUGCUCGCUGACAUCACCCGAACAGGCAAGGUGACGCCGACCAGAGCCCAGGGCCCUCAGGGGGCCUGGGCCUGGGGCCCCUGCAGACAGGGAGCCAUCCUGCUGGUGAACUGUGACAAAGACGAUCCCAAAUCCUCUGCCAUGGACUUCGAGGACCAUGGGGUGCAGAACUGCAAAGACCUGCGGGACAUGUCCCUGAUGAUCCUGAGCACAGAGACCCCCCAGGACUUCUUCACCAAGUACCAGCUGGUACUCCACGUGGCCGAGGCGGAGAUGGACAAAGUGCGUGUGUUUCACUCCAACGGCGGUGGCAAGUCGCUCUCCAAGCCCAGGAUGGUCCUGGGACCCAAGCAGUCCUCUCAUGCCCUGCAGCUCUCCGGCGGCCAGCAGAGUGCCACCUUCCAUGUGGAGGGCCUCGCGUUCCCAGACGCCAGCUUCCCGGGGCUCAUCUCCCUCGGAAUCUCCCUGCUGGACACCUCCAACCCAGAAACUCCCGAAGUCCUGGUUUUCCAAGACCACGUGACCUUCCACGUGGCCCCGUGGAUCAUGACUCCCAAUACCCAGCCCCCACAGGAGGUGUAUGUGUGCAGUUUUUUGGAAAACAAGGACUUCCUGAAGUCCCUGAGAGCCCUGACCAAGAAAGCCAAGUGCAAGCUGACCAUCUGCUCCGAGGCAGAGAGCAAGAAUGACAAGUGGAUGCAGGAUGAAAUGGAGAUUGGCUACAUCCAAGCCCCACAUAAAACGCUGCCCGUGGUCUUCGACUCGCCCCGGAACAGAGGCCUGAAGGACUUCCCCGUCAAGCGCUUGCUGGGCCCAGAUUUUGGCUACGUGGCUCGAGGGGCCCCGGAAGACAAGAUCUCCAGCCUUGACUCGUUUGGGAACCUGGAAGUGAGCCCCCCGGUCACAGUCGGGGACAAGGAAUAUCCGCUUGGCAGGAUCCUCAUUGGAAGCCACAGUUACCCCAGCCAAACCAGCCGGGACAUGCACCCGACCCUGCAGGACUUCCUUGCGGCCCAGCGUGUGCAGGCCCCUGUGAAGCUCUAUUCUGACUGGCUGGGCGUGGGUCACAUUGACGAGUUCCUGAGCUUUGUGCCGGCACAAGGCCAGAAGGGUUUCCGGCUGCUCCUGGCCAGCCCCCGGGCCUGCUACAAGCUGUUCCAGGAACAAGAGCAGGAAGGCCAUGGGGACGCUGUGAUGUUUGAAGGGGUCAGGGGAAAAAAACAGCAGAAAAUAAAGAACAUCCUAUCGAACAAGAAAUUGCGAGAACACAAUUCAUAUGUGGAGAGCUGCAUUGACUGGAACCGCGAGGUGCUGAAGCGGGAGCUGGGCCUGACGGAGCGCGACAUCAUCGACAUCCCCCAGCUCUACGAGCUCCCCAAGGGGCCCCACAAGGCCGAAGCCUUCUUCCCAAACAUGGUGAACAUGCUGGUGCUGGGCAAGUUCCUGGGCAUCCCCAAGCCCUUCGGGCCCCUCGUCAAUGGCCGCUGCUGCCUGGAGGAGGAGGUGCGGUCCCUGCUGGAGCCGCUGGGCCUGCACUGCACCUUCAUGGAUGACUUCAUCUCGUACCACUUGAUGCACGGGGAGGUGCACUGUGGCACCAAUGUGCGCCGGCAGCCCUUGCCCUUCCCGUGGUGGAACAUGGAGUUCUGA